CACCCCUCCCCGCCCUCCCCUCUGCUUCUGGCCUCCUCGCUCGGGGCGCUGGCUGCUGGUUCCGGGGGCACCACGUCCAGCCAGCUCCGAGGCCUCCUCGGGACCCCAUCCGCCGAGCUCCUGUCCGAUGCCUUGGAGAGCUUCGCCGCGCACCUGCACGCAUCCUCGGCCAUGUUUUCCUCGAAAGCUCCUCCAGUCAGCCGAGAGUUUGUCAAUGAGAGCGAGGCCGCGUUCAGGCUCCGCCACCGGCCGCUGGGAUAAGGAGACUCCAAGGCUGAUCUGAGGCAGCUCCGUGGCUGGGUUGAGGCUUUAGAACCAGUGUCCCCCUGCACGAUUGAAGGGGCCGGCGGCUUUUGGGAGUGCGUCGCAAGCUGUGGGAGACGAAGUUCAGCAAGUCACCAAACCUUCUUGGGGAAGAAAUAUACCAAAGUGAUGAUGACGCACAGAGCAGGUCUGUACCGUCACCGCGAAGGAAACGUGGUGCAGGUCCUGGAGACGCCUCUGUGUGAGGGCCAGGCCAGCGUGGCGUUCCUGAUGCCCUUCCACGUGGAGAACCCAAGAUGUAAGACUCUUCCGAGCGUCCGAGCAGAGUGUAAUGGUGGAUCAACGGCUGUGGAUGAGCGAGAAAGACCUGGCAAGAGGGAGCGAGAGCCGGGGGCCUCCCCGCACAUCCACAAACAAGUCCACACAGUCGCAGCACUCACACCCACACAUGCUCUCAUCUGGCCCCUGGAGAAGCCUGUCACUGAACAGUUGACCGCUCUGGGCUUGACUGACGCCCGGGACUAGCAGUGCGCCGACUUCUCCAAGGGGAAGCUCCACCUGGGCGGAGCUCUGCACAGGAGAGGCCCUCCAUGA